ACCAUGAAGGUCUCCGCAGCCGCUCUGGUUGCUCUCCUCCUCGUGGCCGCCUGCUCCCCAUCUGAUGCCCAUCUCGACGGCGUCCCCACCACGUGCUGCUUCAGCUACCACGACCGCCCCAUCCCACGACGCCUCAUCACCUCUGCCUAUGUCACCAGCAGCAGCUGCAGCCAGCCAGGAGUGAUCAUGGUCACCAAGAAGAAGGAGCUGUGCACAGACCCCCGGGCACCCUGGGUGCAGACACAUCUGAAGCACUUCCAGACCCUGAAGAACUGA